UCAAAAUUAGCARCAGCAGUAGUUCUGACAGCCAGAUUUUGAUGCUGCAUGAUAUACAAGWAUAGRUUUGAACUUCACAAAAUACAAACAGAGGAAUCAAGUCCAGCACUCAGCUGUAUCAAAAUGUCCUCCGAUAUUUACGCCAAAGUACAGYURUCCMAGAAGGUGAGAUAUACCAGAAAUGARCAAGAGAACAGAACAGACUGGGAGGACAAGGAGGUAAAUAUCUACCAGUCUGCAGAAGACGUUGCUGAUUACUACUAUGUUUCUCAGCCACAGGAAGAAGGCCAACAGACACAAAGACAACCAGCUGUGAAGAAAACYUCUUCCAGAAGAGCAAAACUCUGCAAAAUGCUGCCAUGGAUUGUAAUGUCAGUUGCCAUCAUCAGCCUGACCAUAUGCUUCACUCUGGAAAUCAUCAAACUGAAGAACAACCACAGUCGUCUUUCAGAAAUGGCAGCCAACUACAGUCAGCUACAGAACAGCUACGAAAUACUCAACAAAAAACACAGUCAACUGAUUGAUCAAGUAAACAGAUUGAACAAAACGAUUACAAGAAAGCAGUGCCCAGAUGGAUGGACCAGGUUUGGAUGCAGCUGUUACUUUAAAAGCAAGGACAAAACGACUUGGUCUGAUAGCAGGACAUACUGUCAGCAACAAGGAGCUGAUCUGGUGAUAAUAAACAGUGAAGCUGAACAGGUAUUUAUAAAACAGUUUAAUAAAAAUGAAGAAUCUUGGAUCGGUCUUGAAGGCACUCCAAAGUUGUUACAUGGGAGCUGGACGUAUGACUGGAAAUGGGUGGAUGGAUCACCACUGACACAACCGUGA